CAAUUAAAUACUAUGGAAGAAACAAAAACGAAUUUGGAAAAGCGCGUGGUUUGGACGUUACGUUGAAGAUUGGAGAAAUGGUCCAGGCCACCGCCACUGCCCUCCAAUGAUUCUUCUAUAAAAUUCAACUCUUUCGACCUUCGCUGCUUCGUACCCAACGCCCAACGAAAAUCUUCUCAUUCAUUUUCCGAUUUCUCUCUUUUAAUUUACAAAGCUAAAUCCAUGUCUCAGGAUUCAAUUCCAAGUUUCAAUCAUUAUAUGAUAUCUCGAUUCAUUUGGUAUUUGGGUUUCAAAGACCGUUGUUCUCAAGGUUGGUAUGUCAUGUGAGGGCUGUGUUGGAGCCGUGAAGAGAGUUCUGGGAAAAAUGGAAGGUGUGGAAUCAUAUGAAGUAGAUCUGAAGGAGCAGAAAGUGACCGUGAAGGGCAACAUCCAGCCUGAUGCAGUUCUGCAGACUGUGUCAAAGACUGGAAAGAAGACUACCUUCUGGGAAGCAGAAUCUCCAGCUGAGCCUGUGGCAAAGCCAGCCGAAGCUGUUGCCGCGGCUUAAUCUGUCUCCCAGUUGCCUAAUCGAUUGAUGUGCUUGAAGCUUGUUAAACUUACUACACUAUCAUAUGGAUUGUAGAAUGUAUACUUCCCUUUAACAUGGAAGCUACAAUAAAAUAUUCAGUGCUUGUCAUUUAACUUUCUGUUUUAGUACUGUAAUGGAAAUGAUUUUCUUGUGAUAUUUUCCUACUCUCUACCCAGAUAUGUUGUUUCCUAUUUAAUAAAAACAAAGUUGCUUAGUAGGUUGAAA